AUGUCUACCAACGCCACGAGUACGGACAAUUCCGUACCGGAGACGGCUUCGAGUCCGGCUGCCGACAGCUCGUCCGCAACUACGCCUAGUAGCACUUCAGCUGAUCCGACUACUUCGGCGACAUCUGAGGCUACUUCUACUAGUACUACCCAGGCGACAACGCCUACGUCAACUUCUACAACAGAAUCCCCUACCUCAACCACCAGCACAACUCCUACCACUAGCGAUACACCAACUUCCACUACUACCCCAUCUUCUACUAUUGCUACUACACCUACCUCAACGGCUACAACACCUAGUACUACGACUCCAUCCUCAUCAACGACGACAACAACAACUCCGCCGACGACGUCCAGUGUGAUUACCACUACGCAGAUAAGCACAAAUGAAAGUGGGAGCACUGCAUUUAUCACGGUCACUUCAACCCAGUUGAAUACCAACACCGCACAAACCACAGGACAGUCAACCUCCACAGAUGCCUCCGGCUCUGUCAUAACCUCAAGCGCCGCCCAAUCGGGAGCCAUAGCCGAGCCGGCCAAAAUUGCGGUUGCUGUUGUGGUUCCCAUCGCUGCUGUAGCAUUGCUCGUUAUCGGAGGAAUUUUCUUCUGGAGGAAGCGCAAACAACGAAGGGACGCGGCAGAAGAAAGGAGGAAGGAAGUGGAAGAUUACAGCUACAAUCCGAAUAAUGACCCAACCUUACCCGACAUGGGAGCAGGUGCAGGUGCUGGUGCUUACGAGAUGAAGGAAGAUGGCGGAUCUUCGGGUUACCGUGGAUGGGGAUCAACUACUCUGGCUGGUUCAACUGGAAGGAAAGCUUCGACUACAAUGUCGGGCGGUGCAGCAGGUGUGGCUUACUCUGAUGCAACUUCGCCGACCAGAGGAAACUUUUCUGACACUAGAUCAGGAGACGGCUUAAUGGGCGAAGGCUCUAAUUCACCACAAGAAGGCGAAAUUCUCGGCGCUAUGGGCCCGGGUGCCGCUGACAACCGCGGAAAUGGCAACGGUAACGUACACCGCGGGCCAUCGAAUGCCUCGUCAUCCUACAGUGCUGCUGGAAGAUCUGAUGGUUCUGGUGAGAAUGCAGGCUCCUAUAGUGGGCCCGCAUAUCUCGAUCAAUACGGUGGUAACAAUCCCUAUGCUGACGGCGCUUACGGUCAACAGCGCCCAGGAGAAUUAGGAGGACAGCCGAUAAUACGGGAUAACCCGGCCCGACGCAACACGCGCAUCGAGAACCCAUCGCACUAUCCUCAACAGAGUGCCGGUAUCUCGCAGAACUUCUAA